AUGGUGUAUUUGAAGAAGGCGCAGGCCGUUAGGCUUGAUAAUCCAUUACGUUCAUGGUCAAUCUUACUCUUAGCCACACUAUCCACACCAAUCAUGGGACAAAACGAAGUGUCUGACCUCUCUGACCAUGUGAUCCGUGUGGCCGUACUCCUGCCUAACUCCAGCUACUACUUAGGCUCCAUCCCGCGGGUAGGACCGGCCAUCUCUUUGGCCGUACACGCGGUGGAAAUCCGGGAGAUGAUUUCUGGAUACCGCUGGGAGAUUCUCUAUUAUGACACACACUGCAUCCCCGCAUACGGUCUUUUGUACGCUUUUAGAAUAUUUAUUGAACAGCGGGUCCACGUCAUCCUGGGCCCAGUCUGUGAUUAUGUCAUUGCUCCCAUAGCCCGACUUUUGAAGUUUUUCGAUAUUCCCAUGUUGACCGCUGGCGGUCUGGCUUCGGACUAUGGCCUCAAGAAAUCUGAGUUUGACACAGAGUAUUAUCUCCUAACACGGACAGGCCUCUCGUUCGAUGGCCUGGCGUCCUUCGUGGUCAACAUUUUACAGCAGUUCAACUGGCAAAACGUUCUGAUCAUGUACGAAGCACUGGCCAGGUCUAAAGUGGCCAAAGAAGACUACUGUGUACUUUGGACAAAGGCUCUAUUGUCCGAGCUUCGCCCGUUGGAGGAUUUCACAGUCCGGCAUUAUAAACUGCAGAGUUACAUGACUUUGACCACGGCUUCUGAAGUCUUGCGUGAAGAAACGGGGACAAGGCAUGGCG